AUGGUUUAUACAAAUAUGAUUGAAAAUCACACUCAUAAAAUAUUUGUUAUUAUUCAUAAUACUUCCUCAUUCAAUGAACCAACAAAAUUAUUCAAUUUAUACGAAUGUACCAAUAAACUUCAAAUAAAAUUUUCUCGUAAUUUAUUUUCAAUAAUUAAAGAAAUGUUACUUGAAUUUCAACGUAUUAUAAUGGAUUUAUACAAACUUAAUGAUAAGUUUUUAAAUGUCGUUUAUACUGAUAAAGAAUUUGACAAAGAAAAUGUAGAAUGGAAGAUAGAUUAUUGUAGAUAUAAUAAUUAUAAAAACAUUAUUAAAGAUAUAAAAUUAAUGGGAGAAACUGAAAUGGAAAAUUCAUUGAAUUUAUUAUAUAAAAAUAUAAAAGAGGGUAUUAAUGUACUUGGUAAACCAACUUCAGAACAAAUUAAAUUUGUUGAAUUAUUUUAUAAGACUAAUAAUAAUUUAACUAGUAAUAAAAAUUCUGUUAAAUGGUGGGAUGACAUUGAUACCACUACAAUACUUAAUGAUAUUAAUGAUGAAAAUUUUUUAUUUUUUAAUAAUAUGGGUACUCUUAUUAUAAUUGUUAAUAAUUUUAAUGAUGAGGAAUGUAAUAAUUUAUAUGAAACAAUAAAGAAUAAUAUGUUGGAACAUAAAAUUAAUAUACAUGGUAUUAAUAAAUUAAAAAGCCUUCGUUUAAUUAUGAUAAAUAUUAACAACGAACAAACAACAUUAUUUAAAAAGUAUUGCACAUUUGACUCAAGAUCAAAUAUUUGUUUUGAUAGAUAUGACAUGUGUUUUGAUGAAAAUACUAAAGAAAGUAUAAGUAUUUUAAUUAGAGAAAUUUUUCAUUUAAAUUCGUUAACUUUAACAAACAUAGAAAUGAAAGAUGAUUUCAAUCCAAAAAUAUUUUUAGAUGUUGAAAUGUUUUAUCCAAAUACAUUCGUUCCAUUUGAAAAUGUUAAACAAUUUGAGAAAAGUAGAGAAACUAUAUUUUCAACAAAAAUGGAAUAUGAAAAUAUUAAUUUAUUGACAAAUGUUAAAUCAGUUAAAAAAUUACUUACUCAUAUUAGUGUUUGGAGUCUAGCACAAAAAACGGUACCAUUGUUGGUUCAAUCUUUACCUUAUACAUUAGUUGAUUUUUCUUCAAGACAAGGACGUUGCGCUAAUAAUUAUAUACUAAAUGAAAAAUAUAUAUUACCAGAAUUAAUAAUAAAAAAUAAAAUAUUUGAAAAAAAUAAGUUGGCUUUUUGUUUAUCAAAUAAUAUAGAUGAAUCAAAUGGACAGAUUAGUGUAAUUGAUGGAGAAUAUUAUAAAUCAAGAAGAUUAAAAAAGUCAUAUGAAAGGAAUUUAUCUAAUGAAAAUAUCAUGAAUAGAAUGCUUGAUUUAAUUAAUACAUGUAUUUCUACUAUUGAAAAAACAAAUAUUCCUGGGUUGACAAUAGAUAAUGAUUUAAGGAAAGCAUAUAUUAUAUCCCCAGAAAAUAAAUUUCCAUUUUCAAUGAAUUCUAAAGGAUGCUUUAGAAAUAAUAUUGAUAAAAUAUAUCCUUAUUUAAAAACAAUGAUUGAGACAAGAAACAUGUCUAAAGAAGAAAUGAAAUGUAUUUUAGAUGUAAUAUCUAAUUUUAGAAAAGCUUCAAAAAAUCAUGAAGAAUUAUAUACAGAUUUCUGUAAUUUUUAUUUUAAAGAUAUUAUUACUUCUAAUAAAUCAAAAACUUUAAAAUUAUUAAAAAGUAAAAUAAAGGUAACAAAUAAAAAUAUGAUUGGAAAAUUUGUUAAAUCCUAUGAAGAUGAAAAACCUGAAUUUUCAGGUUGGAUAAAUAAUAAUAAUAGAAAUAAUAGAAAUGUUGUAUUUUUAUAUCAAAAUUUAAAUAAUAUAAAUGAAAAACAACUAUUUAAAUCAAAAUAUGUUGUUUUAGAUUCUAACGAAUUAUUAAUAAAAAAGUAUGCAGAGUAUAUACAACCGUUAUCUGAUGAGUAUCUUCGAAUGGCACCUCUACCAUUAUUUGGUACUAGUCUAUCAAAUAUUGAAUAUGAAAAUCAAAUGAUUGAAUAUAGAAAAAGUGUUAAUUCAAUAACAAGUGGAUUGAUAACAACAGAAAAAAUACUUGAAAUGGAAAAAGAAUAUGAGAGACUAAGAUUUGCAUACAGUAGAAUAUUACUUCCAUCGGAAUCAAAAAAUACUAUAAACCUUGAUAAUAGAAGACGAAAACAUAUUAACAGAAAAGAAAAAUAUAUUUGUAAAAUGCCUAAGAUUAUUGAUGUACCACCAGUUUGUUUAACAAGAAGUGAAUUAGAUUUUAUUGAGAAAAUGAAAGAUAAUUAUAGAAAGAGUAUAAAAGGAAAAAUAAUAUCCGUAGAAAAGUUUAAUGAGACAAUAAAAACAUUAAAAAUAGAAAUUAAAAAAAAAUAA